AUGUGCACACCUGAGCCGCACAUGCAGUGGAGUUUCUUAGUCCAAGACUGUGUUGCAGCUGCGAAAGAGGUUAUCAACCUCUGCCACACUCUGCAAACGGGGCGCAUGGGCCUCGCGAAGUCGUCAUACACUGAGUAUAGCUCGUGUCGUGCAUCCCUGCUGGUCUUGAUUGCCUACAGCAUCUGUUACCGUACGAACGAGUUCGCAAGCACCUUAGAACGAGGUCUUGAUGCAAUCAGAGAAAUGGCUUCGGUGGGUGAUUCGGCUCGUUCUGAAGUGUCUCUUCUUGAGACGCUGGAGGCAGCGCUGCACCGCCUUCGCGUGUUCGAUCCAUUGCCCGACCAAUCUACAGAUACUGCCAAUAACAAUUCGGCACAAGAGGGUUACGCAGGCUUUCUCGACUGGUACAACAGAUUGGGCGGCUCCGCUAAUUCUCGCGCUGAAUCUACGCACAACGGCGAUGACGGGCAAGCGGCGAAGGCGCAGCAACCCCGUGAGACCGGUCCACAAAUGGGCCCGAUCAGAUAUGAUCCAGGAGUGACCGGCAUACCGACUGAUUCAACCAUAGAUACCUAUCCUUUUGACUUUGAUUUGCUGAACACGGAUGCAAGUGCGGCUUUCUUCACGCCAGAUUUCAAUGAACACGGGAAUCCAGAGCGGGAAUUAUUUGAGAAUCUUUUGUGGAUACCCAGGUAA